AUGAGCUAUCAAACUAAACAACCGCGCACUAUUUAUGUGCUUCCUCCAAGGAAAAUAUUAUCAUCGACUCCAAUUGCUCCAACAAAUGGGCAAUUUCAUGCGAAGCCAACAACAACUUAUCGAUUGAUUCGACCAAAUUAUACACUUCCACCGGUUGCUCCACAACAACCUAAAUUAGUGCCAAAAGUCGAACAGAAACCUAUUUUGAAACGGCCGAAUGAUGAUGUGAUCAGUGCUUUACUUGGUGAAUCAAUGGAACCUUCGGGUCCAAGAAAACGAGAAAGAUUGACACAUUUGACGGCUGAAGAGAAAAUGGAUCGAAGAAAAAUGAAAAAUCGAAUGGCUGCUCAAACUGCUAGAGAUAAAAAGAAGGUAAAUAAUUCUCCUUUAAAAUUUAGAGCAUCUUUUGAGCAAUGUUUUUUUUCAGGAAAGAUCCCAAAAGAUGGAAGAUGUUAUGAAAUCGAUUGUUGAUGAGAACCGUAAACUUCGAACUGAAAAUUUGCGUCUCCGACAAGAAAUUGAAGAAAUGAGACGGUCACAAAAUCUCCGAAUGUAUUCGGUUGGAAAUGUUGAGAAUCGUUCAAUUUCCAAACUUGAUGAGUCCCUUGAAUCUGCCGCAUUCAUUAAUGCACCCCUGCUGAGGGUACAGGCUCGUCGUUUGGAAAAAGACAAUAUCAAUCAGAACAACCGAAACAAGAAGAGUAUUAUGAGCCAUAUCAAAUUGACAAUUCAACUCGUUCUCUUCAUUCUUCACAGUGUGUCCAAAAACAAGAGUUUGGACUCGGAGGAGGAGACAACUUUGACAUCGGAGAUGAAUUUGAAAUUGAAAAAAUCAUUGAAGAUCUUAAGGUAAUUAAAUUAUAUCUCAAGAAUUUGACUGAAUCAAUAUUCAAAUUAUUUUGCAGAGUUCUGACAUCGACCUCGACAGAUUGUGCAAUGAUUUGCCGUCGUAUUAUGAAGAAGACCCUUCCACAUCAUCAUCGUCGUCAUCUUACGAACCUUCUCCAUCUCAAAACAGUCAAAUCUCGCAACAAUUUGCGGAUCCCUUAAGCGACACUUGCUAUUGGGAUUCUCCCACUCCAACAACUGAAGUAUUACUUGGCGAUCCUGAUUUCGGCUACUCAACCAAAAAUCAAAUGACAACUGAUCCAUUUUUAACCAAACCCGAAACCAAACCUGAUAUUUCUUCUCCACUUUCUUCAAAUUCAUCUUUUGUUGAUCCAAACGAUUUCGAAUAUUGGACUCGAGAAUCAACAGAUCUUGAAUUGUUUAAUGAGAAAUUAUAUUGA